UCAAAGCCAGUCGCUUCGCAACCUCCGUGGGCGCGACGCCUUUUCUAACUUUUUUUUACAAACAACUCACAUGAUUUAAAUAAACUUUUCAAUUAACCUCUUUGCUUAUAAGUGGCCAGUGACAUUUGCGUUUGGUUGUUUUUUUAAUGAGCUGACAUUGAAUUUGGAAUGAGUGGUUGCCGAAAAUGAGUUGCAUCGUGAUUUUGGAACGGAGAAGACUUUAGUACACUCUCAUCGAGGUUCUGUGCGGCAUUCCAAGGAUGUUCUCCCUGUGUCGUCGGUACAAAGAUGAGCACGAACACGGGGGCACGCAGAUCAAAGGAGGCUACAUGCUUCGUUACAAACGGAAAUACUUAUGGAACUCUUGGUCUGAAGAGUGGGUGGUGCUGUACGACGACUCCACCAUGGCAUGGUUCAAGGACGCAUCAGGCAAGGGCCUGGCCACACAGAAGCACCUGGUGAAGGAGAGCCCCGACAUGCUGGCCAUCGCCUCCUGGACGGGGCAGGUGCCGCGGCGCCCGGCCCUGCCGCCCGGGGCGCGCCUGUCUCAGCUCAUGGCGCUCGGCUCCAGGAGGGACCCUGGGCAAGUCGUGUGGAUGCUGGCUAAGAGCGACAGUGAGAUGACGGAUUGGAUGACAGCAAUAUCGAAAACGCUGCCGCCGCCGCCGCACAUCGAGCUGGUGAUGUCCAUGCCGUACCUGCGCACAGCCUUCAAACGACCCACCGUCAGAGUCAGACAGUUCCCCAAGCACAGUGGGCUGUUAAAGCAGCAUUCGACGUUUACAGCCAAGUCGUCGGAGACCCACCGCGGCCGCAACGCGUUGGGGGCUCUCGACGGGCGCGGGCUGGUGGCGGUGAUCAAGAGACAGGUGCCGCUGGCAGGACAGCUGGGCCACGAGCUGGCGUGGGGGCAAGGGUGGGGCUGGGUGACCCUGCCUAACGGGGUUUGGAGUGGGCGUCUGACCUGGUCGCAAGAGGGCGACGACUUCGCCCUCCACGCCAUGCCCAUCAUGCACCACUCGAACGUGUCUCAAGCCUGCUCCGUGCUCGACGGGGUCACGGCCUAUGAGGCCUCCGCCUAUGAACAGGCGCUUCAGGAGUAUGAUGACACGGCUACCGGUACCAGCGAUGACUGGGACUUUGGGGUGGAUUGCGGGGAUUUCAUGAUGUAAUUUGGGGAUGAAAAG